AUCCAAGUCAAAACCUCGCGAGCCGCACCGCCAUCAAAUCUGACCACCCCCCGGUCCCCGUGCGGCUCGCGACAGCAUCACAUUCUCCCCCCGUCGCCGCCGCCGCCGCCGCUCGCCGCGGAUCACCACCAUGCCCCCGCUUCCGCGCCUCUUCGCCUCCGUCAGACACAUCUGCUCCGGCUCCGCCCCCGAGCUCGCCCCGGUACCGACCGCCGUCUCUGACGCCGCCUCCCGCGCGGCAGCCGCCGUGCUCCGCGCCCCGCGCUUCGAGCCCCGCCUCCUGUCGCUCGUCCCACGCCAACUGCUCUUCGAGCCGAGCUGCGUCCGCCGAACCCUCUCCCGUCUCCUCCCCUCCCCUGAGCCCUCGCUCCGUUUUCUCCUCUUCCUCGCCUCUCACUUCCCCGCCCCUGCCCCCGCUGACUCCCCUGCCCCUUCGCCUCACCUCCCCGGGAUCGACGCCUUCCUCCUCAGCCUCCAGCCACAUCUCGCCGCCGAUGCCGCCGCGCUGCUAGCCUCCCACCUCGGCCUCCACUCCUCCCUGCCCGCACUCAACGCGGCAUCCCGUGCCGCUCUCCGGGCCGCGCGCCCCGACCUCGUCUUCCGCCUCUUUUCCACCUUCUCCUCCUCCCCUGCCUUCCCAGGCAACGCGGACACCGUCGCCUGCCUCGUGCGCGCCUGUGCAGCCGACUGCCGCCCGCUCGACGGCCUCCGCCUCCUUCGGGAUGCUGCACGACGUGGCUCCCCUCCCUCGUCUGCUGCUGCCGCCGACCUUGUCACGUCCUUUGUGGCCAUCGGCAACUUCGCAAAGGUGUCUGAGACGCUCCACCUCAUGAUCUCUGCGGGAUGUCCUCCAGCUACGUUUGUCUACCGGCGUGUCAUACAUGGGCUCUUUGCGCAUGGGAUGGGCGGCGAGGCCCUUCGUGUCUUCAGCGAGAUCAAGCUGCGUGGUUAUGCCAUAGAUGUAGUCACUUACAACACAGCGCUCACCGGUUUAUGUAAAAUGGGCCAUAUUGCCGAUGCCCAGCAGAUGUGGGAUGAGAUGGUGGACAAAGGUAUACAGCCUAGUGAGUAUGCAUAUUGCUCUUUUCUCGAUUACUACUGUGAAGCUGGUGAUUUUGGGAUGGCUCUCAAGGUGUAUGAAGAAAUGCUUGACAAGGGAUUCAAGGAGAGCACAGUUAGCUGUAACAUUAUCGCCAAAGGGUUUUGUGUUCAUAGGAGGGUGGACGAAGCAGUUGGGGUGUUCGAGGGAAUGGUUACUAAAGGGAUUGAACAUGAUGUGAUCACUUAUAACACGUUGAUUCAGGGCCUAUGCAAGGUUGGUAGGUUGGCUGAGGCGAUAGGGAUGUAUCAGCGGUUACUCUCAUCUGGUUUGGAGCCAAGUGUGCAGACCUUCACACCACUCAUUGACACCUUGUGCGAGGAAGGACAGGUUGAUGAUGCUGUUGAAUUACUUACCUUGAUGCAGGCUAAGGGCUUGGAACCGUUGGAACGUAGCAAUGAUAGUGUCAUCAAUAGGUUCUGUAAGGUCAGGCGGGCUGAUGAUGGUAUGGCAUGGUUGGCUAGCAUGUUGAAGAACAAUCUGAAACCUCAGGAACAGACGUUCAAUUCUUUGCUGGAGUCGCUGAGGAAAUCCGAGCGAAUGGAUGACGCACUGCUGAUUCUGAAUACAAUGCUUAAAGCUGGAUAUGAAUUAGGCAGUUUGGCUUCUGCUAUACUUGUUGAUAAGUUAUGCACAGGCAAUGUAUCUUAUCCUCAAAAGUUGGAGGAUAUUUUGUUGAGCAGCUAGUGGCAUUUGGAUGCCCUGCAAAUCGUACAAAUGUUCAUUUGUUUCUCCCUGGAUUGAUGUCUUUGAGAAAUGUUUUUAUCGGUGCUGUCCAAAAGGCUACACAAAUGACUUAUGUAGAAAUUCAGAAUCCUGAUGACCAAGAACUUGACUUUUGAGGUUCAUAUUCAGAUUAUAACUUGGCCUCCAACCAUUCCAGUAAAUCCUUGGAGAGAUAGCAAUGUCCAAUGGCAACAGCUGUGAGUAACAUCUCUGAGAGGUUGUGACAGCAGUGACCAGCGUUGAUGGCUAACGUUCUUCUUUGGCCCUGUAAUAAUCCAAAUGCCUGUGAUCGUGGAGAUCUGUCGAACAGCACCGUAGUACCUUCUUCAGGAACUGCAACGGGCACUUCAAGAUGGCCAUAGAGCUCUCUGAACACAAGCUUUGUGGCCCUUACAUCACCAUUCUCUGCAUCUUCAUUCCCAGAUGACAACACGGCUUGGGUUACCAUAGUAUAGCUGCUUUAUGAAAAAUUCCAGCUUGGUACAUCCUUGGGAAUUUGAAGUUUUAAACUCUUCACUAGUAAAUCGUUAUUUCUUGCUUGCUCCUCUUAACAUGUGUUAGAAAGGAAUCCAUAUCUUGUUCUUGUUCUUCAUUUGCGGCAUUGAGGAGUAAUGAUUGUUUUGCUGAUCUUUUGCUCUUGGUAACUUGUUACUGUUUGGUGUCAAGAAAUACUGAAGAGGAUAUGCCGAAGGAAAAAGCGCCUGGACCCGGAUGGUUUUAACAUAGCUUUCUACCUUAGCUGUUGGCAGAUAAUUAAUUAAGAUCUGAUAGAUGUGUUCGACGCGAUUCAUUCACUCAACAAGUCAACAUCUGGGUGUUUGGUGUUGUUACCUAAGAGGCAGGGGGCUUGCAGUCCUAAUGAUUAUCGUCCCACCAGUCUCGUUCACAGCCUUGUUAAAUUAGUCUCCAAAAAGUCCUCGCCAGCAGAUUGGCCUCAGUGCUCCACACAUCAUUAGUGAAAAUCAAGGGGUGUUUUUGAAAGGUACUCCCUCCGUUCCUAAAUAUAAGUCUGUUUAGAGAUUCCAAUCUCUUCAAACUCUAAGCUCCCUUUAAGGGAGGGCUCCUGGUUGAUCGGGGUUGUGGGCAGCGGGUGGGCUCAACCUGUAAGUGUCUAGCCCGUUGGUGAAUGCAUUUGUCUUCUAGCUCCAAGCCAGUCACUAGCUUCCUUUCUUCCCACCUUCCGUGUCGCUUUUCUCCCUUUCCUAGCGGCGCCGCUCCAUCCCCCUUCUCCUUUGACCCCCACGACUCCGACAAGUCUCGGCAGCCAGGGCGUCUUGUUGCUGCCACUGCCUCCCCACCAACGAGAUGUCGCCGGAUGAGCGCUCCGCAAUCGAGGUGGCGAGGCCACCGUUUCUCCUUGGUGAAAUCACUGUUGUCCAGCACAAUGAUGCAUGGAGGCCAAAGCUGCGCCGCUGCCCCUCUCUCCCAGCGCUACGACCCGCUCCUUGACGUGCCACUGAAGUCCAUCCCACAUCGACGCCCCUGGCCCUGAAAUUG